AUGAAAAUCCCCUAUAAUGUCGUCCACGUCAGUGGUGACGUUCUUUACGCUGCUCGAGGCGGCAAGAUUCACUCAUUCAGUCUCCAAGACGGAUCUCACCUUUCGACAUGGAAGCAUCCCGAUGUUGACAAAGUAGAUGCCGCAGUGAAGGCCAUCUCAGGCGGAGUCUCAAGUGAGAACGUCGCAACUCAGGACCCUGCUGUUGCCGAGGGUGAUGAUGACGAUGGACCACCAGCCAAGCGACAAAGGACCGAAGAACCCAAGGAUGAGACAACCACUGUCGAAGCAAACGCUCAGGAGGAUGCGAAGAAUGCAGAGGAGACAAAGCCUGAAGGGGAAAAGAAGGGAGGAAAGAAGAGCAAAGACAGGCGCAACCAGCAGCGACCAAAGGAGCAUAACAUCUCACGAGUGCCCGACCGUCCAGUCAUUACACACAUGACCAGUUCCCCUGAUGGCUCUCAUAUUCUGGCUAUUACUGGACACGACAAGGCUAUUUGGGUCUUUGAGAAUGGUGAAAAUGGUGUUCUUAACCAACUCAGCAAACGAACCCUGCCCAAGCGUCCUAGUGAUGUAGUUAUUGGCCCAGACUCGCAAAUCGUGGUCGCCGACAAAUUUGGAGAUGUUUACUCUCUCCCUCUUAUCUAUGAUCCUACCGCUCAAAAUGUCGACCGGUCCUCAACCCCUGCGGUAGCGAAGCCUGCGUAUAAGCCAUCUGCCAACACCACAACUGUUCACUCCAAGCGCAACCUGCGUGCUCUUCAAGAACAGCAACGUCAAAUGGAGCUUGCUACACGGAACAAGAAUGAGAAAAACUCCAAAUCCGAGGGCCCCGAUUUUGAACUCACUCUGCUGCUUGGUCACGUCUCUAUGCUCACUGCUGUUGCUAUUGGCGAGAGCGAGGGGCGACGAUAUAUCUUGACUGCUGAUCGCGAUGAGCAUAUCCGGGUGUCAAGAUACAUUCCUCAAGCUCAUGUUAUCGAGGGAUUCUGUUUUGGUCACACCGAGUUCAUCAGCUCCAUGACCAUCCCCUCAUCUCGUGGCAAUAUUGUUGUGUCGGGUGGUGGUGAUGAGGAUUUGUUUGUAUGGGAUUGGGAAGCAAACAAGCUCUUGUCACAAAUCAGCGUUUUGUCUUUGGCCCAGAAGAUCUUGCCUGAUACCACCAAGGUAGCCAUUACUGGGCUAUACAACUUGGUGUACCCUCACAAAGGUUCUGAUCUCAUCUACAUCCUGGCCAUAUGUCAAGAUAUCCCCGCUAUUUUCUCAUGGCAACUCACCGAGGACAACACCCUUCAUCGCCCAGCCAUCAUCCAGCUUCCUGGCAAGCCACUCGACCUCGCCAUCAAGCCAGCUACCGGCGAAGAGUCACCCAAGAUCGUCACUGCUCUCGAUCCCAGUGAUCCUACACAAGCAAAGAGCUUGGCAAUCUACUCGCUCACUAUGACUGACGAGAAGCUUGCUACAAGCACGACGGCUCUGGUGGGCGACCGCGACAUCGAGAGUGCCGAGCUCGACGUAGAUGAAAAGGUCGUGAGGGGUCUCUUGUACAAUACUGAGAGUCUGCGAAAACAACCAACGGAACGUGAAGAGGAACGGGGUGAGGAGCAAGUACCUGAAGAUCAAGUAAUGGGAGAGUCAGAGGUUGUUGAGGAGUAA